GGUCGGGCUGGUGCACUGGCUGCCGGGGGCUCAGCGUGAGCGUCGCCCUCUCAGCUCUUAAGCCGACGGCAGGAUUUAAAGCCGGCCUCAGGUAGGCUAACUCCAGGGAUCCCGCGGGAGCUGUUCUUCCGUGCAGGAGUCGGAGGCAGGAGCAGAGCCCGGCGCGGGACAGCCCCACCGCCGGUGACAGACACAGCUCCCACCAAUCAGGGGUCAACAAGUAAAAUGAAGUACAUUCUAGUUACUGGUGGUGUCAUAUCAGGAAUUGGAAAAGGAAUCAUCGCCAGCAGUGUGGGCACAAUACUCAAGUCAUGUGGUUUACAUGUAACCUCCAUUAAAAUUGACCCGUAUAUUAACAUUGAUGCAGGAACGUUCUCUCCUUAUGAGCAUGGUGAGGUUUUUGUGCUGGAUGAUGGUGGGGAAGUAGACCUUGACCUGGGUAACUAUGAACGUUUCCUUGACAUCCGCCUCACCAAGGACAAUAAUCUGACUACUGGAAAGAUCUAUCAGUACGUCAUUAACAAGGAACGCAAAGGAGAUUACUUGGGGAAAACCGUCCAAGUCGUCCCACACAUCACAGAUGCAAUCCAGGAGUGGGUAAUGAGACAGGCGUUAAUACCCGUGGAUGAAGAUGGCCUGGAGCCUCAAGUGUGUGUUAUUGAGCUUGGUGGGACAGUAGGAGAUAUAGAAAGCAUGCCCUUUAUUGAGGCCUUCCGUCAAUUCCAGUUCAAGGUCAAAAGAGAGAACUUCUGUAACAUUCAUGUCAGUCUAGUUCCUCAGCCAAGUUCAACAGGGGAACAGAAGACUAAACCCACCCAGAACAGUGUUCGGGAACUCAGAGGGCUUGGGCUUUCCCCAGAUCUGGUUGUGUGCAGGUGCUCAAAUCCUCUCGACACGUCAGUGAAAGAGAAAAUAUCAAUGUUCUGCCAUGUUGAACCUGAACAAGUGAUCUGUGUCCACGAUGUCUCGUCCAUCUACCGAGUCCCCUUGUUGUUAGAAGAGCAGGGGGUUGUAGAUUAUUUUCUCCGGAGACUUGACCUUCCUAUUGAGAGGCAGCCACGGAAAAUGCUGAUGAAGUGGAAAGAGAUGGCUGACAGAUAUGAUCGCCUGCUGGAGACCUGCUCUAUUGCCCUCGUGGGCAAAUACACCAAGUUCUCAGACUCGUACGCCUCCGUCAUUAAAGCUCUGGAGCAUUCUGCACUGGCCAUAAACCACAAAUUGGAAAUCAAGUACAUAGAUUCCACGGACUUGGAGCCGAGCACCUUGCAGGAGGAGCCCGUGCGCUACCACGAGGCCUGGCAGAAGCUGUGCAGUGCUCAUGGGGUGCUGGUUCCAGGAGGAUUUGGUGUCCGAGGGACUGAAGGAAAAAUCCAAGCGAUCUCCUGGGCUCGGAAACAGAAGAAGCCUUUUUUGGGCGUGUGCUUAGGGAUGCAGUUGGCAGUGGUUGAAUUUUCAAGAAAUGUGCUGGGGUGGCAAGAUGCCAAUUCUACGGAGUUUGACCCUAACACCAAUCAUCCCGUGGUCAUAGACAUGCCAGAGCACAACCCUGGCCAGAUGGGCGGAACCAUGAGGCUGGGCAAGAGGAGAACCCUGUUCCAGACCACGAACUCUGUCAUGAGGAAACUCUACGGAGACGCAGAUUACCUGGAAGAGAGGCACCGCCACAGAUUUGAGGUGAAUCCAGUCUUGAAAAAGUGUUUGGAGGAGCAAGGCUUGAAGUUUGUUGGCCAAGAUGUUGAAGGAGAGAGAAUGGAAAUCGUGGAGUUGGAAGAUCAUCCCUUUUUCGUUGGAGUUCAGUAUCACCCUGAGUUCCUGUCCAGACCUAUCAAGCCUUCCCCACCGUACUUUGGCCUCCUCCUGGCCUCCGUGGGGAGGCUCCCACAUUACCUCCAGAAAGGCUGCAGGCUCUCGCCCAGGUGGGGUUACGCUCCCUUAGUCCCUCGAGUGGUCACUGAUGCCUUCCAGCGGGCCAUCAUCACACCAUCAGUGAUGAGCAAAACCACAGGAACGGGGAGCCUUGCUGGGGCACUUCUCAUGCUGACACGCAAGCUUCCUCUCCUUCUCUGGGGUUUUCUCAGGCUGCUUCUGUGCCACCCCUGGCCUUCCCCAGCCACCCGGCAUGGUGGCCAGGUCUCCCCCUCUGCAGCAUCUGGCGCCACGAUCACAUCCGGGACCCUGUGGUCAGUGGGGAACUGUGUUUCUUCAUCGGGGUGUCGGCCACAGCCUGGGGACACCUACAGUGACAGAAGUGGGAGCAGCUCCCCUGACUCUGAAAUCACUGAACUGAAGUUUCCAUCAAUAAAUCAUGACUGAUGGUAACGGAUGAUUCUUGAAGAGAGCCUUUGGACUUCAGGAGUUUACAGCUUUGAUUUUACAUUCAGCUUUUGACACUUCCUUUAAAUUAUGUUUUUAUUAAGAUGAUUUUAUUUUGAGGGAAGGUAUUUGUGACUUGCAUGUCCCGCCGUGUGUCCUGGCUCCCGCACGCUGUGCGGUCCGGUGUCCCGCACUCUCCUUUGCGGUCCUCCAGCCUCGGGCGAGAAGCAGGACAUCCGGGCGGAGCGGGUGAUGGCCGGGUGCCAGGGGAGCCCAUCGGUCACCGCGCUUCUCCAGCCACCUUGCGUCACUGUGGCUUCGAGCGUGUAGCUGUUCCUUCCCCCGAUGCCGAUGCCAUUAUAAAAGGUGGGCCGUGCGGCCUGUGUGGGCAGAGAGGGGUGAGUCCAGCUGGUGCUCACAACCCAGUGCCGGAGCCCGAGGGCACUGCUUGAGCAAGAGCCGUGAAACCAGAAACAGAGUCGGCUCUGCCCUGUGCUGGAGGACUCGUUGUCCAAAAGGACGGUCAGUUUGGCGUCACACAGAACGGCAAGAACUCUGUCUCUCUGAAGUCUGAGUUUAGAAUCCGCGUCCUCUUUAGAAGCCGCGCUUCUCUUCUCGGGAAUCACUCCUUGCAUCAAGGGGUCACUUAACAAAGAAUCUUUUGGGGAAACUGCCUCUAAACCCCUCUCAUAUGGGGUUUUGCUCGAGGGAACUUUACAGCUUUGCUCAAGGGGACUUUUGCCUUCCAGAAUGGUGUUACUACGGUUGAAAUGCAAUGUAUGAAAAGCUAUUUUCUUAAUGUGGUAUAACGACAGGCAGAGCUGCGUGCCCAUUAUAUCCUGGCUGGACUCGGUGUAUACUCUAACUUAAGAAAUAAAUAACGCAGAGCAAGAGA